ACGAGCAAGUAGUAGCACGAGUUACGAGGUUUAGGUUGUAGCCCAAUACCGAACGGAGACCGUUCCUCAGCGUUAGGCUCGUACUUUGCCUGGAGAAGCAUGCUGUAGUGUGACCGUCGUUGAUAUCACCCAUCAUUCCACUUGAUCUUGAAGUUAACACCCCUUGAAGUGAAAUGAGCACUAAGGAGUCCGUCCUGCCCUACUUGCCAUGGCUUGGCACGGCAGCUGCAUUAGGCAUUGCCUUCCUUGCCUAUAGGUCGUACGGCAAGGCAAAGGGACGUGUUAACUUGCAAAUCGACAUGACUAACCCCAAAAUUGUUAAUUCCGUUGACAUUGAGGACAUUGGAAACAAAGCUGUCUUCUGUCGUUGCUGGAAGUCCAAGAAGUUUCCUUAUUGUGAUGGAUCACACAACAAACACAAUGAAGAAUGUGGUGACAACGUUGGCCCUUUAAUUGUCAAACGAAAGGAUGCCUGAAGGACUAACAGGCUGAUGUGAAGAAUCCAGUAGCACGUUUUCUUGCUAGCCUGCGAGCUAUUAGUCUGAAAUAAAUUUUAUUGCGACUAUACCCUUCA